AAUUGGCGGAAUUUUGAUACUUCUUGUUCACAUUUAUUUUUAUUAUCUUAUUCUGAAGCAGCUCGAAUGGAUAUAUCUUCAGCAGGAAGAAGAAGAAAAGGACAGUAAGAAGAAGAACGAAGAAGACGAGAGGAAGAACAACAUUGAUUCUUUUGACAAAAAUAGUCAAAAUUAUUAAGCAAAAACAGAAGCCCAUUAUGGUUUCAGACCCCAAACCCACUGUUUCGAAGGUCAAACUAGGUCAUCAAGAUGGCGGCUCCAGGUUAAAGCUCGAAUCCUCCGACAACAAGAAGAACAACAGCUCAGUUUCCUCUUCCAAACACAAAUCCGUCUCUGUUCUUCCCAAAUCCGAGGUGAAAUCUAAAACAAUAACGAGUUCUUCAAAGACCACAACAAAAGCUACUACUUCUACUGCUAAAGUGAGAGAAAAGAAAGUGUUCAAUUUGGCUGGUCAGAAAUACGAUCCACCUGAAGAGAGAGAGCCGCUUCGGAUAUUUUAUGAAUCCUUGUCGAAACAGAUAUCAACAAGUGAAAUGGCAGAAUUUUGGAUGAUGGAGCAUGGCAUGUUAUCUCCCGAAAAGGCGAAAAAGGCGUACGAGAAGAAACUGAGAAGACAAAAGGAACAAAGGACCGGGACUCCGAUUAAAUCAUUAAAACCACCGAGCAGACCAGAGAGCUCACAGAGGCCACAGCAGCCAUCGAAGAAUGGCGAUCUAAAAGCAAAGAAAAAGAUCACGAACAAUAGCGAUGACGACGACAAUGACUUCAUUUUAAGCCCCAAGAGAAGAAAAAUGUAGGAAAAACGCCUGCCAACGCCCACCUCCCCCUCGUUUUUAGUAGCAUACUUUUCGAAAACUACAGAGAUUAUCAUAACCCAGUAUUUAUCAGGACGUUCUUUUAUGGUUCAAAACCUUCUCAUACAACGUGUAAUUACUCGGGUCGAGUACGACACCCAAUCAAUAACUAUGGACCCAUCUGAGAAACUCGAGCCUAAAUUU